CGGGACAAGAGGGCGGUGCUGGCCAGAAUCCGGAAGGAGGACGGAUAUCUGCAGCAGCGAAACUGUGCGCGGAUCGAGCGCAAGUUGGAGCAGGAAAAGGCGGCGUACGUGCGGAAAUGCGAACGGGAAAGAAAACUGUUCGAGCUGGUAUCCACGACCUCAGAAGCGGAAAAUAAGAAAAAGGAAUACGACGAGCGAACAGAGAUGGACGAGAGGGCGUUGGAGUGGGAGCGGGAGCUGGAAGAGCAGACGCGAAGGGAGAAGAAGGGGAAAGAAAAAAGACCCGCGAUGGAAAUAAGGCAUAGCAAGGAGCAAAUAAAUACGCAGCUGCAGGAUUCCGCUGAUUUUGAGAGUAGACCAGCUUUGAAUAGAAGUGUCGUCGAAACCAAGACCACGACAAAAUCGUCAGGAAGCAGAAAACGGCGCCAGAACAACGACGGUGAUGACC